CCCCUCUCUCACUCCUCGCUGCACCCUCACACCCUCCAGCUUGCCUUCGCCCGCGUCCACGCUCUCUUCGCUCUAUACCUCGGCCUCUGCGCGCCGACCUCUUCGCUCUUCUGCGCACCCGCUGCGCGCCGCUUGCUUCCUUCUUUGCGCACCGCCGCGCCGCUGCCUCGCACCCGGCCUCUUCUCCACGCACGCGCCAUGCAGCUUGCCACACGUGCGCUGCUUGCGCUGCUCGGCGCCGCCGCCGUCGCUGCCCAGGGCACGACGGACGUGCGCACGCUCAGCAUCGACACGGACAUCGCCAAGACGAUCCAGCGCUACACGAUGGGGCCCGGCGGCUCGACGCCCGUCUUCAUCUCCACCGACACGUCCUUCGUGCCGCCGGUGACGUCGUCGGCGUCGGGCACCAUCCUGCCGACGCUGAACCCCGUGCCGUCGUUUGACAUGAGCUCGGCCGCCGCGGCCGCUGCGUCGUCGGGCGCGCUGAACCGCACCGCCUCGUCGAACUACACGCUGCCCAGCGCCACGGCGACGGCGACGCCGGGGCCCGGCUUCGUCGUGCAGCAGUCGAACCCGUACGUGAUGCAGGUCGUCGACCCCAAGGACCUGCCGAAGAUGAACUUCAACCUCGCAAACGAGACCGAGGUGCGCCGGCAGGUCAUCUGCGGGCAGCAGACCAAGUUCUGCGCCACGGCUGGCUGCGCCGAGGCGGGCGCCACGAUCAACUACAACUUCUGCGACGUCGACACGCUUGCCUCGCGCUGCACGUGUGACAAGGGCGCCUCGAACCUGCAGCAGUGGAAGUGGCCGGUGCAGUUCUCCGACUGCCUGGCGCGCGCCACGACGUGCGCCGACAUGUGCUCCAUUCCCGGCGGCACGACGGCGCAGCGCACGGCGUGCAAGAGCGCCUGCCAGACCAACUUCCGCGACACGUGCGGCAUGCCCGGCCAGUACUCGGCCAACUACGCCGUCGCCAAGAGCGGCGACAAGCCGAAUCUCGACAUGAUGCAGGGCGGCACGGCCGGCGACGGCGCCGCCUUCCUGCGGGCCAGCUCGCUGGCCGUGGCGGCGGCGUUUGCCUUUGCUGCCGUGCUCCUCGUCGCAUGAUGCGGCCCUUGGCUCUCCAGCGCCUUUCUCUGCUUCCUCUCCGCUACCAUACUUAUUCCUCGCCUGCUCGGCCUUUACCCAGCGCCCUCCGUCACCGAGCGGAUGCGUGCGCUCUGCCGCCUGUCUUUGCACCCGUCUGCUGUCCCGCGCGCAGUCAUGCAGCCGCCGCGCCUCUCCCUGCCAUUGUACUGCUCUCCCGCUCAAUCCACGCCACCUCACCAG